AUGGAAAAUAUGGCGGAACAGCUUCCGGGAGUUUUCUCUGGAUAUGGAACAAUACUUGCCUUUGGCAAUGGUGAAUCCAAUGACUUGGCCGUGGUAAGAGCUUCUUGGCCUCUUGUGGGACCUGUUUUUGUUCCUGUGAGACCUGUUUCUGUUAAUCAAUGUGUCUCGUGCAAGGACUCUGUUUCAAGUGAACAGACUAACUGUCAUUUGGGGGGCUCUAGCUUGGUUCUGGGAGGUGGUUAUGGGAGAUUGAAGGUUUUGGGUGGGGGAGGGGGUCCUAAUUGGGGAAAGAGUUUUGGGGAGUCAUGGGUCGUGGGGAUUGUUUGGCAACAAGUUUAG